CUUCAGACUGGACAAGAACACUUUCUACAGCUUUACAGCAAUGGCACCCACUGUCUUUGGUCAAGCAAGCUAUUCUAAAGAACACCUGACUCCUGCUCAUAAGCUGAGAAAGCCAAUGGUGGAGAAACUGCGCAGAGACCGGAUCAACACCAGCAUUGAGCAGCUAAAAUCUCUACUGGGUCCAGAGUUUCUCAGGCAGCAGCCCGACUCAAAGCAAGAGAAAGCGGACAUCUUGGAGAUGGCUGUGUCUUACCUAAGCAACUGGCAGAAGCAGAAGCAGCAUCAGCAGACAGGAUUGAACCCUGGCUUGAUGACAGCCAGUAAUGGCUACUCUCACUGUGUGCAGGAGGCCAUCAACUUCCUGUCCCACUGCGAUGUCCAGACUCAUGCCCACAGAUGGCUACUGGGCCACUUCCAGGGUUUGCAGGUGUCCAGCGUGCCCUCCACCCUCUCUCCACCUGGCUCUCCGCUACAUCAGAUCAGCUCCAGCAAAGGCCAGAGUCAGGCCAGUGGAGCUCUGUGGAGGCCGUGGUAG